AGACCCACCGCACCAUUGAAGUCCAUUUGUCGCUAUCUACUUGGUUGGGAGGCUGCAGACCAGGCUCUAACAAUCCUUACACGCUGUCCAUUAUUGGGUGUGAGCUCACACAACCCCCUGGGGUAAGAGGCUUUAAAAAGAAUCCUUCUACCAAUACCUACCCAGUCGGUUUUACGCUAUGGAGCGCUCUCUUUUAUAUUUUUAGUUAUCCAAUAGGAGCGGCGUGUGUAGCGACGUGAUGGCGGUGACAGAGAGCAAGGAUCCCGGGCAGCAGAGACGUUCCGGAGCGACGGGGACACCCCGGCGACAGCAAUGGAGGGCGACAUCCAGGGCAGCGGUGACGAGCGGUGACGGGUCCGGACCGGUGGGGACACGAAAAGGCUCCGCUUCCUGAAAUCCUGUUCUCGCUUAAUUCCCACUCAGCUGCUUGUGCCGCGUUAAUAAUCUCCGAGCGAGGAUGGAGAGGAGGAUUGUGUGCACGCUCACGAGCACGCUGUGCCUGUUCACUUGGGCUCUCGGCUCACUGGCGGCAGUGGAGAAUGUCACACAGCCUACAGUCAACGUGUCACAUCCAACAGGAUACUACUAUCCCAAUGCACUAACAUACGAUGAAGAUGUAUAUAUCUGCUGGUCACACUUUGGAUAUUUAAUGUUCCAUCUUGGACAAGAACACUGGUGCAAUUGGAAACGCACCGUCAGACUAUACGCCUAUUUGCAGGAGUGCUUGGAAACCACAGCUGAAAACCGUUCGAUUGCCUUCCCUAAUGAACUAGCACACCACGUUAUUUUGAGGGUCCAUAUGGACUACUUCAAAAACUGCAGUCUUUUGUCCGAAGAGCUCAUGGACCCUCCGGAUAACAUUCUGUUUGGAUUGAUUUUUGCACCCAUAUGCCUGAUACCUUUCCUGGUCACCCUUGUCGUGUACAAGAGCAACACGAGCAAACCACAAACUUAAGCAUUAGCUACUGACGUCACUAGACGAUGUGAUUGCGUUUCCUAUCUGCUUGCAUGAGCAGAAGGCUUUGAUAGUCUUUGGUCAAUUUUAUGACCGUGCCUGAUCCUUAAUGCUCAUCUACAGCUUAUCAUCCACUUUGAUCAUGGAAUGACUACGACUACAACGACUCACUCCCCCGCUCUUCUGUUUAUGGUGAUAUUGAAGUGUAGCGCGUCAUCCGUUCAAGAGAAAUUUGUUCUGAAACUGUCUAAACUGGAAUAUUAAACCAAAAAAGACACCAGAAACAAAAAUGUUCAACGAUGAUACUACACAAGAAAACCAUCCAGUAGAGAAAAGAAAGCAGCAAUCCGCUCACCCCGACCAUGUUAUAUCCACGGCAGGUGUAGGGAUACAUCACAGUCCACGUGAGAAGAAAAGUGCCGGCAUAGAAAGUGCAGAAAUCCCAUUUAUUAAAGGUAAAAAGUCAAAGACACAUCAUGUGAACACAGUCACGUGUUUCAGGUGUUGCAACACCUGAAACGCGUGACUGUGUUCACAUUAUAGUAACAUAGUUCAUAAGGUUGAAAAAAGACCAGAGUCCAUCAAGUUCAACCUAUAACCCUAAUGGGUCCCUACUGAGUUGAUCCAGAGGAAGGCAAAAAAAUAAAUAAAAUAAAUCCCUGGAUAAACGUUCUGUCCCUAUAAAUCUAGAAUCCAUAACCUGUAAUGUUAUUAUUCUCCAAAAAUGCAUCCAGACCCCUUUUGAACCCUUUUACAUAGUUCACCAUGACCACCUCCUCUGGCACAGAAUUCCACAGUCUCACUGCUCUUACAGUAAAGAACCCCCGUCUGUGCUGGUGUAGAAACCUUCUUUCCUCUAGACGUAGAGGAUGCCCCCUUGUUAUAGAUACAGUCCUGGGUAUAAAUAGAUCUUUGGAGAGAUCUCUGUACUGUCCUGUGAAAUAUUUAUACAUAGUUAUUAGGUCUCCCCUAAGCCUUCUUUUUUCUAAACUAAAUAACCCUAAUUCUGAUAAUCUUUCUGGGUACUGUAGUCCUCCCAUUCCCUGUAUUACCCUGGUUGUCAUUCUUUGAACCCUAUCCAGCUCUACUAUAUCUUUCUUGUACACUGGUGCCCAGUACUGUACACUAUGUACACAGUACUAUGCCCCUAUUGAUGCCCCCCAUGAUUUUAUUUGCCUUGGCCGCAGCUGCCUGACAAUGGUCACUACAGCUAAAUUUACUGUUAACCAAGACUCCCAAAUCAUUUUCAAUGUCAGUCGUCCCAAGUGUUCUCCCAUUCAAUAGAUAAUCCCAGCCUGGAUUUUUCCUCCCCAUGUGAAUAACCAUACAUUUAUUAGUGUUAAACCUCAUCUGCCACUUCCCAGCCCAAACCUCCAACCUAUCCAGAUCCAUUUGUAACAGUGCACACUCCUCUAUUGUGUUAUCUACUAUAAACAGUGCACAGUCCUCUAUUGUGUUAACCACUUUACAGAGUUUAGUAUCAUCUGCAAAGAUUGUUACUUUACUAUUAACUUUCCUAUUACUUUAUAGGACCCAAGACUGACCCCUGUGGCCCCACUAGUAACAAUCACCCAACCAGAAUAGGCACCAUUAAUAACCACCCUCUGUUUCCUAUCACCGAGCCAGUUACUUACCCACUUACUCACAUUCUCCCCCAGUCCAAUCCUUCUCAUUUUAUGUACCAACCUUUUAUGUGGCACUGUAUCAAAUGCUUUGGAAAUAUCCAGAUAUACAGCAUCCAGCGAUUGCCCCUGGUCCAGUCUGGAGCUCACCUCCUCAUAAAAGCUGAUCAGGUAAGUUUGACAGGACCGCUCCCUCAUAAAGCCAUGCUGAUAUGGGGGUCAUACAUUAGUUUUGAUCAAAAUGCUCCAAAAUAGCAUCUAUUAGAAAGCCCUCAAACAAUUUGCAUACAACAGGGGUUAAACUAACAGGCCUAUAAUUCCUGGGGUCACCUUUUGACCCCUUUUUAAACAUUGGCAUUACAUUUGCUAUGCGCCAGUGCUGGGGAAGUGUCCCUGUAACUAUAGAGUCUUUGAAUAUUAAAAAUAUGGGUUGGUCUAUUACAUUACUUAAUUCCUUUAGAACACGGGGGUGAAUGCCAUCUGGACCUGGUAAGUUGUCUAUUUUGAUUUUCUGUAGGCAGCACUGUACUUCUUCCUGGGUUAGACAAGUGACCUGUACUUCUUCCUGGGUUAGACAGGUGACCUGUACUGGGGAGUUUACCUUAUCUCGCUGUAUUUCACCUGGCAUUUCAUUUUCCUCUAUGAAUACAGUGGAAAAGAAUUUGUUUAAUAUAUUUGCUUUUUCCUGAUCCUCAUCUAUAAUUUGACCCUUUUAUUCCCAUAAGGUAUAUACAUCUUACAGUGAGAAUUUAAAAUAUUUUUAAAGUCUCCCAUUUAGUGUUAGUAUUCUUGUUUUUGAGGACAUUAUCCCAUUUUAUAUUGUUAAGGGCUUCUCGGAGUUGAUCAAACUUUGCCUUCCUAAAGUUCAUUGUUUUUGUGGCCCCUCGAGAGAUUCCCUUAUUGAAGAACAAGUUAUAAUGUAUUAUAUUAUGGUCACUAUUUCCUAGGUGUCCUUCUACCUGCACAUUAGUUACUCUGUCAGGUCUGUUGGUGAAUAUUAAGUCUAGUAGGGUGCCCCCUCUGGUCAGGCCCUGCACCAUUUGGGACAGAUAAUUUAGUCAGAAACCUGUUUCCUUUAUGAGAUUCACAGGUCUCAGUCUCCCAGUUUAUAUCAGGAUAGUUAAAGUCCCCAUUAUUAUCACCUCAUUCUGAUUUGCUGCCUUGUUUAUUUGCCUCAGUAAUUGAUCUUCUGCCUCUUCCAUUAUAUUUGGUGGCUUAUAACAAACCCCUAUCAGAAUUCUUUAAUUUUUAUUUCCAUAUAUUUCUACCCAUAAUGACUUCACAUUAUCGUUUCCUUCCCAUAUAUCCUCCCGCAGUGCGGCCUUCAGACUGGACUUUACAUAAAGACAAACUCCUCCCCCUUUCCGUUUUGUCCGAUCCUUCCUGAAUAGACUAUAACCCUGUAUGUUACCGUCCAGUCACAGAUAUCAUCCAACCAAGUCUCUGUUAUACCGACUAUGUCAUAAUUCUCUUCAGACAUUAUCAACUCGAGUUCCUCUGUUUUAUUGGUCAGACUUCUGGCAUUAGUCAUCAUGCAAUUCAAUGGUGUAUGUUUUUUCUUCCUAUGAAGCCUAUCCCUAUUAACUAUUCUAACCCCUCCCUCCGCUCCACCCCCAGGUACAUUAAUCUAAUCUAGGUAUCUACACUAUCUGCCCCCUCUAGGUUGUAGAUUCCCUCCCCCCCCAGUCCUUAGUUUAAACACUCCUCCACCCUUCUAGCCAUCUUCUCCCCAAGCACAGCUGCCCCCUCCCCAUUGAGGUGCAGCCCAUCCCUACGGUAGAGCCGGUAACCGGCAGUGAAGUCAGCCCAGUUCUCCAUGAACCCAAACCCCUCCUUUCUACACCAGCUUCUGAGCCACUUGAUUACCUCUCUGAUCUCCCACUGCCUCUCUGGUGUGGCUCGUGGUAUGAUGACUCUCUGACUUCUAUCUUCAAUAAACAGGAUUUCUGCACUUCCUAUGGUAAUACCUGAAACGCGUGACUGUGUUAUCAUGAUGUGUCUCUGACUUUCACCUUCAAUCAACACGAUUUAUGCACUUCCUACGGCAACACCUGGAACGAGUGACUGUGUUCACAUGAUGUAUCUCUACGUUUCACCUUAAAUAAACGGGAUUUCUGCACUUUCUACGACACUACCUGAAACGCGUGACUGUGUUCACGUAAUGCGUCUCUGACUUUUACCUUCAAUAAACGGGAUUUCUGCACUUUCUACGGCAACACCUGAAACACGUGACUGUGUUCACAUGAGGUGUCUCUGACUUUCACCUUCAAUAAAUGAGAUUUCUGCCCUUCCUGCGGCAACACCUGAAACACGUGACUGUGUUCACAUGAGGUGUCUCUGACCUUCACCUACGAGAAACGGGAUUUCUGCACUUUCUACGCCGGCACUUUUCUUCUUACAAGAAAACCAUGGUCUUCAUCAUAGGAACUAUCCUACAAAAUUCCAGAUUUAUUUCAGUCAUUCUAAAAUUUACGUUUCCUCCUUGGAAAGGGCCAGUAGCGUAGACAUGUGGGGACAAUAUGGUUUCAAGAACCAUCUGUGAUUGAAAUGAGCAUUGUUUUAAUUGUAAAAUAGUUUGUCUAUGGGACGACGCCCAUACAGUGGAAUACUGGAAGCUUUGACUGCGUUAUAUUUUUCUGCUUUUUCUUGUUUGAUGAUAUUUAUAGGAAUGCGUUAGCAUCUCAAAAACACAAACGUUGUGCAACGAAAGGCUCAGCUUCGGCCUGAGGGAUUGGACAAGUUAAGCUGAACUCUAUUAGUGAAGAGUGAAUCUGUAUGUGUGUGUCUGGGUGCGAAAACAAAAAUCUGAACGCAAACUUUUAAUAGAGUAUAAAAGUUUUUUUUUAAAUUAAAAAUCUCGAUUUUACAGGAAACAAACUUUAUCGGGGCACAUGGGAACCAAACGAUUCAUAAGAACUUAUGGAAAUAUUGUACAUGACAAAAUAAACUGUGUGAACUACUUUGAUAUAUAUUCCGAUGACGUCCAGUUAUGGACCCCAAAGAAAGGGGAAGCAUACAUUUUGAAAGACAUAUUACUAUCUGUUUUUUUGUUUUUUCUUUACAUCUUCACUAGAUAGUGGGCAAAAAUAACAUCAGCUGCAGGAAAUGAAAACUGCACUGUGUGAACGAGGCCUACUAGGAAUGUGAGAUCUUUGGAAAAUGUAUAAGAUGCCUAUCAAUGUGAACUAAACAAAGUCAUUUAUCUCCGUUUUGUAUAAUAAAAGGGGUUAUCCGGGGAGCAAAAAACGUAUCACCUUACCUCCCUUUUUGGUCUUGAAACUUCCUGGCCAUUUAAGGGGGUGGGCUGAGACAGUCGGGUAGGUAGUUUGUUGCGAUCAUCGCAUUUAAAAGAAACCACAGGGACACCGUACAGGCAUUGGCCAAUAAAUUCAGGCAAAACUGAGUUUGCCUGCAUUUAUUGGCCAAUGGCAGUACGGUGUCCCUGUGGUUUCACCUGCAUGCAAUGAUCGCAACACAGGGACAUCCUACAGCCAUUGGCCUCUCCAUGUAGACGAAACCAUAGAAAUGCUGUACAGCCAUUGGCCUCUACAUGGAGGAAAAACCACAGGGACCCAGUACAGCCAUUGGCCAAUACAUGCAGACAAAACCACAGGACAUCGUACAGCCCUUGGCCAAUACAUGCGGACAAAACCACAAGACAUUGUACAGCCAAUGGCCAAUACAUGCAGACAAAACCACAGGACAUCGUACAGCCAUUGGCCAAUACAUGCGGAUAAAACCACAGGACAUUGUACAGCCAAUGGCCAAUACAUGCGGACAAAACCACAAGACAUCGUACAGCCAUUGGCCAUUACAUGCGGGCAUAGUUUCCUGAUGACUGUAACCUAGAUCCUCUGUCCUACCACCUUAGCCCAAACCCUUUGUGCGGGGAGAAAGUUAUACUGCUAAGACUUUUUCGAAAACUGUCUCUGCAAUUCUUGAGCCAAAUCCAGAAAUGGAUUUGAAGGGAACGGGAAAUAUAGAAUGUCAAAUAUAAGGGAAGGACUUAUACUUCUUUGUUGGAUCUGCUUCUGGCUUAAACGCAAAAACUAUAGAGGCAGUUAUAACCCC